CCUGAAACCAACGAGAGGGGAACUGAAUGUCGGCGGACGGCAGUGCGUCAGAAGGUACAGAAGCAACAAAUUUCUCGCACACAGUGGCUCCCUAUUGCCCACGUCUGUGCUGCAUUCGCGCCAUUUGGCUGUGUUGUGUGCAGCGGUGGAGGCCCUGCGUGUGGAGCUGGCGCAUAAGAGUUCAGAGCUGUCUGAGUUCACUCGCAGGGCGGAACAGGAGUUCUCGAGACUCAGGAGCGAGGUGAGGCGGUGCGCUCAGAGGAAGGAAGAAGGAAGCAGAGAAUAGAGAAUGAAUGCACUCACUGGUGAAUCGAAUCAGGUUGAUGCUCUCUCUUUGUGCGUGUGGCAUGCAGCUGGGCGAGUAUGCCGAUGACCUGCUGCACAGGGACAUCGAGAUAGAGAAGCUCAGGGCUGAGGUACGCACGCACGGCCCUCCCUUACCGUGGCAGGCACGGCGUGUGCAUGCAGAGCUCACAUGUGACCUGACUGACCAUGGAUGGCCCUGUCUGUCUGUGCACUCACUGCAGUUGCAGGACCGUGAUGGGCGUAUUAGGGAGCUCGAGAGCAGACAAAAUGUAUGAUAGUUAUGUCAGAAGAACACCACACCCUGCUGCAUGAUAGAUGGCUGACAGACUCAUGCGUCAAAUCGAGGAGCAAUGCGUUUGUGUGUGCAUAUGUGCAGUCGUCGGAUGGCAGCCGUCACCCGUCGUCAAUGGCCCCCUCCUCCCACCAUGCCACACCGCCACCCAUCCCCCAGCAGCCCUCCCUCUCGCGGCACCACUCGCGGCCAUCGCCAUUCGUCAAGUCCCGGACGACAGGUGAGAGGCAGGAAGCUGCCGCUGCUGCCGACAAAGGCGAUAGAUGCGGCAGUGACAUGUUUACGAGUCCUGUGCGCGGUGAUGGGGGCGGGGGCAAGAGGGAGGGCGACAGGGCCGCCAAGGCAGCGUGUGUGCAGUCACCGGUAGGCAGGGACUGCACACACAUACAGCAAGAUGGAUGGCGGGAAGAGACCAAUGUCAGUCGUGUCAGUCUGAUGGAUGCCUCUCUGCCCGGUGUGCCGGUUUGUGUGAGCUCCCUCAGGCGUUGGAUGAGCUUAGGGCUACGUUGAAGAGUCUGCGGGAGUCGAACCACCGGGUAAUGUAUUGAGUGCAGUGCCUGAAGGGUAGACAGCCAGCAGAGGAAGGCAGUGCAGUCAGGCCACUUGGCUGGCUGGCUGGUUGGUCGAUCGGUGAAUGAUGAUACAUAAAAUAGGUCAGAAUCUGCAGCCCACACACGAUGAGUGAGGGCCCUGUAGACAAAGACAUAUUACACACUCGCUGACCCGUCAGACCACACCACCCACACACAUACAAGGCAAGGGCUGCUUCACGUGGUUGCCGCCUCAGCAAACAUCCCUGUGUGUGCACUCUGUCUGUCUUUCUGUCUGUCUGUAUGUCUGUGUGUUGCAUGUUGUGUGCAGGACACGACUCCCCCUCAGCUGCGGUUCACGCCCGUCAAGACGCCUGCGGCCUUCACACAGUCGGCCAACGCCAAGCCGCCAAAACCGCCGGAGCCCAGGCAAGACCACCAUGCCAAUGCCACAGCACCGCGGCCGCCAGCCCGCCCGAACCUCAACAUCUCUGCGCCGAGUGGUUUGCGCGUGAGCACUGCCGGCCGGCUGCCUGUGAGCGGCCGCCGGUCGUCACCCCGCUCUGUGGCUCUCUGGGAAGACGAGGAGGACACCAGGGAAGGAGCUGAGGGAGGACAGAACGAUGCCGUGUGGCCCGAACAAGGCUCGAGAAGGGAGACAGCCGAGAGGUCGGCCUUGACAACACCACAGCUGUCAUCGCAUCAGCCCAAGACGAGUACACAUCACCAGCCAUGGGCACCUUCACCAUUCGGCCGGAGGGUCCCGCACUUGCCGCAGCACCAGCACCAGUCGCCGGAGGAUGCGCCUUCCCCCCUACCCAUCUGUUCGCCCUCUCCCCCCGUGCCCCUACCACCGUUCUCCACCCCGGCACGUGAGAGGGCUGCCACGGCCAUGCCGGUCAGCAUCGCCCCACCCGAGCUGGUCACCACCCCUCAGGCAACAGCCAAGUACCCCUCGUGGACCAAUGCCACGCCCCUGGAGCGUGUCCGGCGCGACCAUGCGGGCUGUGAGGGCGAUGGUGUCGGUGGUGAGUCUGCGAGCCCCCCCUCUGUGAUCCAGCGUGACUUCGGCAUGGGCGUGCGGUCAUCCCUGACUGCACCAUCGCCGCCAUAUCACUAUCACAAGAGGGACCAUCAUGCCGUUGCGGCCGACCAUGCGGCUGCGGAGAGGGAGGGGCAGGGCGGGGGCGAUGAGGGUGUCGGGACGACCACGUCCAUCUUGGCUGAGCUGCGAGAGCUGCGAUCACGGAUGGGUGAGAUAGGGGCGGUGCUGCGGCGGGAGGCGUCCAAGGCCAUGGAGGGGCAUGCAGCACUGCUGGGCAGGCAGAGGAGCGGCGCUAUCGGCGAUCUAGGAGAGUGGAUGGAGGCGCUUGGGAUGCCAACCGCACACAAGACGCCUGUCCCAGAGCAGCCCCCAAGUGAUGCCAGUGGUCACACCGGGCUGAUGAGGCAUGCCGGGCCUGUCCGGUCGCAGCCUCAGCUAUCGAGGGGCCCUCAGCAGAUGGUAGAUGACGGAGCACGGCUGAGAGCCCAUGCCCGGCCGCACAAGAAUGGGCAGCGGGGAGAGGGCACCGUCGGAGAGAGGGAUGAGGAUGGAGAGAUAGUCCAUGGGCGGCUUCCGACAGAACAGCACACUAGUGGGGUAAGCGAAGCGAAGUAGAAAGGGCCCGGCCCACCACACCAUCUGUUUGACAUCCACUUCUGUGGCCUGCCUGCCUUCAGGUCUCUAUCCCCGUGUUGCCGUGUCCGCCACCGCAGCAGCUGCCUCUCCCCAAUCGCCUCAGCAGCAUCCGACCCCCAAUCGCACAACGACAUACCCGGCAAAUCCUGAGGUCGGCAGCCGACACCGGCCAGCCGCGAAGCGACAUGCUGCCUCAGCGUCGGCCCUCGUCUGCCCGUCUAAGCCCGCCGGUCUGCCCGUCUCCCCCGGCAUCAUCUGUCUUGUCGUCGAACGACUUGCCCAAGGACAGGACGUGUGAUUGGAACCCAGCGCCGUCCAGCACGGUGGUGCAUAGCAGAGAUAUAGCUGAGUGUCGUCCCCCUUCGCCCCCGCGGCUGCAGUGCCGUCGUGCCUCGCGGCUCUUGUCAGGUCGCUCCGAUGAUGGCACAGGGGCGUUGUCGUCGGGCGGGUCAAGUGACUCGAGGCGGCGCAGGAGGGGCUCAGAGGAGAGACCACACCGUACCCUAGGUGUGUUAGCAGAGGAUGCAUGUCACAGACACUCACCUGUGCGCUUUGUACAUGCGACUGUGUGUGUGCGUCAGGACCGGUUGAUGCUCACAAGCAGCAGGCGGCGAUGAGCAUUCAGUCGCAGACGUCAUCGGUCGACCACCCCCCGGUCAUCACCACAUCGUCGACCACCACCCACCCGCCGCCAUCGACCGACCCGCCGGGUUCCAACUCGCAUCAGCUCCGACUGCCCAGGCCCAUCCUGCCCAUCUUGCCUGCGUCCCAGCCGUUGCCGACGCCCAAGAUGAGGCGGCGCCAGUCUAGCUGUGAUGGGAGUGGGAGGCGGGUCUGGUGUGGUGUGGUGUGAAUGGGGGGUAGAGAGUGAGUGGUGAGUGAAUGACGGACGGGUGGCUGGAGAGUCACUCGCUUCUAUAUACGUGACACAAUGCAGACACGUGUGUGUGUGUGUGGGACCGGGAAACAUGAUUGAUGGAUCUCGAACGAUUCCCCCGGCCACCCCAUCCAUGCUUUGCUUUGCUUAAAUCAUUGAAUGCAU